AUGGCAACAUUUUUCGUGUUAACAACUGUAGCCUUAUUGGCUGGCGUGAACGCCUAUGGCAUGAAAAAGAUGAUGGGAGGUAUGGGCGGUAAAGGUGGCAUGAUGGACAUGAUGCCAAUGAAGCCUAUGAUGCCAAUGGAAAUGAUGGGUGGUAUGGGCGGUAAAGGUGGCAUGAUGGACAUGAUGCCAAUGAAACCUGAGAUGCCAAUGGAAAUGAUGGGCGGUAUGGGCGGUAAAGGUGGCAUGAUGGACAUGAUGCCAAUGAAGCCAAUGAAGCCGAUGGAAAUGAUGCCGAUGAAACCUGAGAUGCCAAUGGAAAUGAUGGGCGGUAUGGGCGGUAAAGGUGGCAUGAUGGAAAUGAUGCCAAUGAAACCAAUGAUGCCAAUGGAAAUGAUGGGUGGUAUGGGCAGUAAAGGUGGCAUGAUGGACAUGAUGCCAAUGAAACCUAAGAUGCCAAUGAAACCUGAGAUGCCAAUGGAAAUGAUGGGCGGUAUGGGCGGCAAAGGUGGCAUGAUGGAAAUGAUGCCAAUGGAAAUGAUGGGAGGUAUGGGCGGUAUGGGCGGUAAAGGUGGCAUGAUGGAAAUGAUGCCAAUGAAACCAAUGAUGGGCGGUAUGGGCGGUAAAGGUGGUAUGAUGGACAUGAUGCAAAUGAAAUCUGAGAUGCCAAUGGAAAUGAUGGGCGGUAUGGGCGGCAAAGGUGGCAUGAUGGACAUGAUGCCAAUGAAACCUGAGAUGCCAAUGGAAAUGAUGGGCGGUAUGGGCGGCAAAGGUGGCAUGAUGGAAAUGAUGCCAAUGGAAAUGAUGCCGAUGCAAAUGAUGGAAAUGAAAGAAAUGAUGGAGAUGAAAGGAAAGAUGGAAAUGAUGCCUAAAAUGAUGGAAAUGAUGCCAAUGAAAAUGAUGGAAAUGAUGAAGCCUGAUAUGCCAAUGCCAAUGGGAAUGAUGGACAUGAUGAAGCCAGAUAUGCCGAUGCCAAUGGAAAUGAUGAAAAUGAUGGAAAUGAUGAAGCCUGAUAUGCCGAUGCCAAUGAAAAUGAAAAUGAUGGAAAUGAUGAAACCUGAUAUGCCAAUGCCAAUGGGAAUGAUGGACAUGAUGAAACCUGAUAUGCCAAUGCCUAUGGGUAUGAUGGACAUGAUGAAACCUGAUAUGCCAAUGCCAAUGCCAAUGGGAAUGAUGAAAAUGAUGAAACCUGAUAUGCCAAUGCCAAUGAAAAUGAUGAAAAUGAUGGAAAUGAUGAAACCUGAUAUGCCUAUGCCAAUACCAAUGAUGGACAUGAUGAAACCUGAUAUGCCAAUGCCAAUGUCAAUGCCCAUGCCAAUGAAAAAAGGAGUAUAUUAA